AUGUUUUCGCAAACUUCGUUUCAAAAUCAAGGUAGUUUUUUACAAUCACAACAACAACAACAACAGCAGCAACAGCAGCAACAACAGCAGCAGCAGCAACAAUAUGAUAUUGGAAUUCAGCAGAAUUCUUUGCUUUCUAAAUACUCAUUAAAGAUGGAGAACCCCAAGUGGCUCUCAAACGAAGGCGUGAAAAUAAAUGGUUAUACACAAGCACAAAAUUCAACUGCAUUUAAUGGUAAUCCACAGCGGCCCGAUACCAAUAACGAAGGUAUGGACUUAGAGGACAAAGAGGGUGUGUAUAUAAAAAGAAGAGAGAUACCGACAAAACUAAUAAAACGUGUCCAUAAGACGGAAAAUGAAUCGUUAGAAGAGGAGAAAGGAAAAAUUGCAGCAUUACCAUUUAGAGCCAGAAAGAAUACAUCUGUUGAGAAGAACAAAAAGAGAUGGGACGACGAAUAUAAAAACGUGGACAUGCCACCUAAGAAAUCGCUUUUGGAUUUAAACGGUCCUGUUGAGAAUGAGUUAGAGGAUGGACUAGUGAUUGACAAUCCAGACUUUUUAAACCUUACAGAUAGGCCCAACGACUACAUGAAUGCAUUUAACAGGUAUUCAAGAAGCAGGGUAGUGACACCAGUGGCGAAAGAAAAAUCAGAAAAGCGGCAAAACCUUCCGUUUGUUUACAGUGAUAGUACGUCUGCUGAACUUAAAGAUAAAGCGUCCGAAUCGGAGCCCAACGGCGCAUUUAAUGCUAAAAUAAGCAACAAAAGUGUCAAUGGUAGAUCGAAAGAAGAUUAUGAACGUUUCAAAGAGUGUGCGGUGAUCGUGUACGGAUUUCAGGACUCAAACUUUGACUUGAUAGUAGAGCAUUUUGCAAAAUUCGGUACGAUCGUGGAAGAUUUCGAUAAUGCUGAAAAUGGAGCUGCCAGAACAAAGUACGUUCUCCCGAUGAUUAUAAUGAACGAGCAAUUGGAGAGGGAGAAGGGUAGCGAUACAUCUCAGAAAGGAAAAAAACUAUUUGCCGGAUCAAGUGUCAUCGGUUCAUCUAAUGAAAAAACUAAUACAGUCAGGGAUCCUAUAAUGAGGAUGAAAAACUAUCCAAUUUUUGUAGGUGAGGGCUGGGUGAAAAUUACAUACAUGAGCACAGCUGCUGCAAUUAGAGCAUUGAGAGAAAACGGCUCGAGAGAUGACCAAGGAAGUACUGUUGGUGUUGUUCCAUACACAAGAAAGGAAAUUGAAUCUUUACUAGGAAGACAAAUACCCGACGAGUUAGAUGUUGGUAAUGGUCUUUCCAGCUUGCAUUUCAACCCAGAGGAUUUGAAGUUUGAGGAUGAUGCAAAUGGUGUGGGUGAGAUAUUGAAGAAAUGCCUAAUUGAAUCAGGUACAGUGUCAUCCGGAGAAGAUGAAACAGGUAAAACGAUAAACUCUGGUUUCACCAAGCUUAAGGAUGGCUCCAAACUUAUCAAAUCCAAGAAAAACCUGCCGAAGAAGAGCAAAGGAGGUAUUGUAAAGAACUCCGUUCAGUUCUUUUUUGGAAGAGGUACCGUUUGA